GCAAACCCCCGGCAGCUGCGGUGCCUGAUGUGGAGCAGCAGCAGUUUCAAGCCAUGACCUCAGUUCUCAUGCUUGGGGGACAAUCUUGGUGACCCCCUUCCUCACUUCCCACCCUGCAGCAGUCCCCUUGGGCAAAGCUAUCAGAGGCUGGAUGUAAAUCCAUCGAGCACCAGCCCAUAAUUAAUUAAUUUGCGUGUUUUGACUCCUUCCCUUUGUAGCUCCCGAUUAAAAGCUUAUUUAAAGGGUCACAGACUUCUUCAGUUCCAGAGGGAUUAAAUGUGGGAACAACUGUAGGUCGUAUGUGGGUAAUUGCAAUGAGAAAAUGCUCCAAAUUAAAGCUUCCUGCUAGGUCUGUCCAGCGGGAAAACCCAACAAUUCCUUCAGAGUGCCUUUAAAAUCAGCAUCAUACAGAAAUACGUGUUUUUACCCCGUCGUGCUGCUUUGCCUGGAGAACACAAGCGGCAGAGUGUGCUCAGAAGAGACACACGAGCGUAACUAAAGCAGAGGAAUUCAGCAGAAAAGGAGCCAGCGUGCCCUGGAGUUGGUUUGGAAGGAGCCAGCGUGCCCUGGAGUUGGUUUGGAAGCUCAGGCUCGGUAAUUCUUGUGAAAGCAGAAAGCCACGGCCCCGCGCGGUGUGGGACGGAGCCGCGUGGGAAAGGCAGCGUUUGGGAAAGGCGGAAUUUCAAUGAUUCCUCAUUCCUCGGGUAGGAAGCUUAACCCAUCUGUGCCUCGGGGAGGGCUGGCAAAAGGACAAACACUGCUGGCUCUCUGUGCGUCCAGAUACUCUGCUUCCUGCAUAGGCAAAACUUGUCUGCUUCUCUUCAAAGUUAAUGUGCUAAAGUCCCGUCUGGGGGGUGCAGGGAGCUGGAGCAGCGCCAGCAGCUCUGCUCUCACACAGCCACAAGAUGUGGUUUUCCUCCCCAGCAUGAGAUUGGGGUUGUGCUGCUCGUUCAGCCAUGGGAAAGGUGCUGGCACUGCUCUGUGAUGGGAGUCCCUGAUGAGAGCCCCCAGCAGAGCCCCCAGCUCCCAGGGGAUGCCUUCACUUCCCAGGAUUUUCUUUCCCAGCCCUGGACGAGUUUUGCAGCCCUGAGCUCCUCGGCCUUUGCAAGUAUGAGGCUGUUGCAAGUUCAGGGCAGAGACUGAGGGAUUUGUCCCUGCUGCCAGCCUGGAGGGGCAGCAAUCCAGGAUGCCCGAGGGGAAUGCCAAUGCAGGAGCUCAGGACAGGCUUGGGACGGGCACUCUGCCCAUCACUGAGCCACCCUGCUCAAAAAUCACAGAAUCCCAGACUGGUUUGGGUUGGGAGGGACCUUAAAGCCCUUAAAUCUCGUUCCACCCCUUGCCAUGGGCAGGGACACCUUCCACUAUCCCAGGGUGCUCCAAGCCCCAUCCAGCCUGGCUUUGGCCACUUCCAGGGAUCCAGGGGCAGUCACGGCUUCUCCGGGCAGCCUGGUCCAGUGUCCGCUCUGCCAGCUGACCCCUGCCUUGCCCGCUGCCAGCUGGAAGUUCAGAUGGAUAACCCCAGCACCAAGGGCUGGAGAGGUUGAUACGGAGAGUGCCACUGUCCCCUCCGGGGACACCGGGACACCCCCUGCCCGUGCCGCCCAUCCCGUCCGGCAUCUCCCAGGGCGCUGCAGAUGGAUGGACACGGCGAGAGGGGACAGGGGGCUGUGCCUGCUCCACACGUGUGAACGCGGCUCUGCCGGAGGAUUUGGGGACACUGAGCCCUCCUGCAGCUCCCCCCAGGCUGCUGCCGGCGAGUGGCGGCUGCGUUUCCUCGGGAGAGGCGCUCCUGGAAUUGCUAAUGCUCCAGCCCGGAGGUGCAGCAUGCGGAGGGCUGCAGCUGCAGCAUCAGGUACAAGCAGCAACGCCGCCGUUAAUUAUUGACUCUCUCUUCAAUUAUCAGCCCUGAUAAGGAAGCACCCCCCUCGACAGCCCGGGCAGCGCUUGGUGCUCUGUGUUUUCUGGGAAGAAGAACUAUUUCGUGGAAAAGUAACUCGUUUUGUGCGUCGGGAUUGAACUGUCCUCGCAAAGGUCAUCCGAGAGCCGUGGGCUGCUCUGCUGGAAAAUCAAUCCCUCUUUUGUGCUUCUUGGUUUAAACUUGUAUUUGCUUUCUGAGCAAGGUCACAGCUCAGCUGACCAAGUUUGUAGCUGCUGGAGCAGGCUGGGGUCCAGCCACGCCGCGCUCGCUGCUCCGAGCCCUUCGCUGCCGCCUCCAGCAUGGGAGAAGAUGCUUUGGAGGGAGGCGAGAGCUGCUGCUCCCCGGGGGGUUUGUGGGUGCCAGCGUGAGCAGGGUGAGGUGACUCCUUGGCCCUUGUCAGAAGAUGCUUAAGUGACAGCCCAGUUAGACCUCACCAUGGAGAAGACAGAAGCAGAUGGCCAGCUACCCAAACCCGAUGGGGACAGGGAGCAGCCUCGCAGCCUUCCCUACUCCCUGGAGACACCUUACGGCUUCCACUUGGACCUGGACUUCCUGAAGUACGUGGACGACAUCGAGAAAGGCAACACCAUCAGGAGGGUCCACAUCCACCGCAGAGCCAAGCAGCCCAAAUUCAACACCCUGCCGCGGAACUUCAGCCUGCCCGAGAACGGCUCCCGCGGCUGCUCCACCGCCGCUCCCAGCAAGAGCUGGACCUCCACCUGCUCCUUCCCUCAGAGAAAGGCUUCCCUGGGCGAGGAGCCACCCCGGGCCCUGCUGCCGGCCGGGGCAGCUCCCGAGGAGCCGAGCUACCGGAGGAAGGCGCUGCUGGCGGAGGCGCGGCGGCAGGCGGAGCUGGGCCGGCCGCAGGCGGAGCUGGGCUGGCCGCGGGAUGAGCUGAGGGCGCGGCCGCAGCUGCUGCGAGCCUCCAGCAUGCCCGAGGCGCUGCCCCCCGGCCAGAGCCCCCCGGGCGGACCCUCGGCCCUCCGGAGCCCUCCGCAGCCCUGCCACGGCCUGCCCGGCUCCCAGAGCGCCUCCCGGCCCAGCUCGGACGGCAGCGCCUCAGCCCCGCCGCGGGAGAUGGAGUGGGACGGCUCCGUGGGGCAUCCUGGCGGGGCUGUGCCCCUGCAGCCCCCCUGGCAGAACCAGCAGCUGCAGGUGCUGGUGGAGAGCGGGGCCGAGGAGGGCGAUGCCGCCGAUGGCUCUGACCUGGCCAGGGCUGAGGCAGCGGCACCACCGGCUGCCCUCCGGCUGGCGGAGGAGAGCGUGAGCCCUGCGGAAAGGGGUCUCAGUGUGAGUGAGAUGGAUCUGAAGGUGCCGAAGGAAGGUGAGGAGAGGAAUGUUCAGGCUGGAGGGGACAAGGAGAGCGGUGCUCCCCAGGCCCCUGGCCAUGGAGAGCCCGGCGGGGUCACGGCGCUGAAGCAGCAGGUCGCUGAGCUGGAGGAGCAGCUGGCCAAGAAGAAAGAAGAGCUCGAGCAGGUCAGGGCGGUGGUGCAGCAGCAGGAUCAUGAGAUCCAGGAGAAGGAGAAGAGCAUUAAGCUGCUGGCCAGCUCCAAAGCGGAGCUGGAAGAGCAGCUGUGGCAGGAGAAGUCCAGAGAGGCUGAGCUGCAGAGGCGGCGGGGCAGUGGGGCCUUGGAGCGCCUCGACGCCGCGGUGAACACCGAGCUCUCCCAGGUGACAGGGCUCAGGCAGGCCCAGGACAAGGGCAUCAACGUCAACAUCCCACUCUCCACCAGAUCCAUCGGCUGUGGCACCCUCAGGGCAGAGAGCACCAGCGCUGUGGAGGCAUGCAGGGAGCAGGGGCCGGCAGGCGCUCGGGCAGAGGGACGUGCUGGGGAGGCCAGCAUGGAGGCUGGACCUCCUGCUCCCUGCCUCACCCAGCUGCAGAUCCACGAGCACCCCGGCGACCACAACCAGAACCACCAGAACUCCCUCGGCCCCAACGUGGCCCAGAGCAAGGCGGGCUUUGGAGAAGAUGAACCUCGGGAAGGGCUGCAGGAGGAAGGGGCCCCUGGCCACGAGGACCUCCCAGCUGUUGACCCCAUUGGCCAAUAUGUAAAAAAGAUCCAGGAGCUCCUGCAGGAGCAGUGGCUGUGCUUGGAGCACGGAUACCCAGAGCUGGCCAACGCUAUCAAGCAGCCGGCCUCCAAGCUCAGCUCCAUCCAGAACCAAUUAGUUAAUUCCCUGAACUCCCUGCUCUCUGCCUACUCCUCACAAGGGCCUGUGGAUAAGGAGAAUUCCAACACGCACUAUCAACAGUUGGAAAACUCUCCAACCACAAGUCUUAAAUCCAUCAUGAAAAAGAAAGGUUAUGGUUUCCAUGCAGGAGGCAAUGGGACCAAAAAGAAUCUCCAGUUUGUUGGGGUAAAUGGUGGCUACGAGACAACGUCAAGUGAAGAGGACACCAGCUGUGAGGACAGCGCGUCGGACAGCGACACCGAGACCGAGGACAGAGCUGGGGACGUGGAGCCCGAGCAGGAUGGAAGGGAAAGCAGAGGGCCUUCCUCAGGGGAGAAGCAUGAGGAGGAUGAUGAUGAUGAGCAGGAGGCAUCAGCAGGAGCAGCGCUCUGCUCUCAGGAUCAGGCUCUCAGAUGCAAACCCUCCGAAGAUUUCCUUGCUGCCUGCCAGCUCCUCAGUGAACACCUCCCAGAAAUCAGGAGCAGAAGCAACCAGCAUCUGCAGCAGGUCCUGGGCUCCAUCUCCCAGGAGUGGUUCCAGGUGUCCAGCCACAAGGCUUCCAGGCCGGAGGUGGUGGCAGCGUACCUGGAGGCACUGGGGGACAUCCAGCCCCAGCUCCUGGAGACCGUGGUGAACCUGCCUGACAGGAAUGGCAACACAGCUCUCCACUACAGCGUGUCCCACUCCAACUUCCAGGUUGCAAAGCUCCUGCUGGACACGGGCAAGUGCUGCCUGGACCUGCAGAACCGUGCUGGCUACACGGCCGUGAUGCUGACGCCGCUGGCGGCCCCCGAGACCCGCCAGGACAUGGAGGUGGUGAUGAGGCUGCUGAAGGAGGGGGAUGUCAACCUGAGAGCUGCCCAGGGCGGCCAGACCGCGCUGAUGCUGGGGGUCAGCCACGACAGGGACGACAUGGUGCGAGCCCUGCUGGCCUGCCGGGCCGAUGUCAACCUGCAGGACGAGGAGGGCAGCACGGCGCUGAUGGUGGCCUGUCGCCAGGGCAACGCCGACAUCGUCCGCCUGCUCCUGGCGCAGCCCGGCUGCCAGCUCACGCUGACUGACAAGGGCGGGAACUCGGCGCUGUCACUGGCCCACGGGGACAUUGCCGCGCUCCUGCGAGCCCACAUGGAGCUCAGCCCGUGUGAGCUGGGAGCCAGCCCUCCUCCCUGAGCAGCCCCGCUGGGGCAGGGCCAUGCAGCUGGGCCACAGGGCAGGAACUGCCUGCACCAUCCAAAUAAUGCUCCCUGUGCCUAAUGCUCCUCAUUCGUCCCACUCACAGCCCUGAUCUGUGCCACAAACAACUCCAGACUCCUCUCCUCUCUCCUCUCUCCUCUCCUCCCGAGCUCGAUUUGGCAGGUGAGCACCAAUAACUGAAAAAAGCACAUUGGAGCAGCAAUACUUAGUCUUUUGUAACCUGAAGUGAUGGGUGUCCUUUUAAUCGACUACUUAACUGUAUCUCAUUUAACUUGUAAGUUUGUGUCCUAAUAUUUAUUAUCAGCUCUUCUGUAAGUAGUGGCAGGCAGCGAUUGCUCAGUGUAUGUAACAACAAACACAAGCUGGAUGGAUUAUGGAAAGCAUAAAAUCCUAUUUAUGUUUGCUUAUGCGGGUCUGAUGCAAGAAUUAAAAAUUAAUGCUGUAGGAAAAUAUUUGAGCAUGCCAGACCCAAACAGGCAGACAUUGUUUUGCCUGGGUUUGCAAUUACCAUAUGGCUGUUAUUUUUCCCUAAUUAAGUUUGAGCUAAGGGGGAAGUGCAGCCCAUUGACAGGCUCUGCAUCACGGUGGGGUGGGGCAGGGCACUGCAAGCACUGAAGGUCCCAGCAGAUUUCCCAUCCCAGGGUGUGGUGGUGCUGUCCAAGAGCUCUGUGCAGUGCCUUUGCUGGCAGAUGCCUUUUGGAGCAGUGUUUGCUCCUUGCUUUGCCUCUGCUCAGUUUGAAUAUUCCCAAACUCCUCCUGUAAAGCCCAGCCGUGAUUUAGGUGCUGGAACUGGGUCUCCCCCACCAUGGAGCACCCACAGGGUCCAGCAUCACCUAAAAUCUGUUUUUUUCUUAAAUCCCUCUGCUGACAGAGAGGGAGGCAGGGCUCAGGCCACACUUUUCCAAGCAUCCUUGUUCUGCUGCAUCAGGACCCACUGGGUGCUCUCCCUUGGCUUUGGUGGAGCACACCCACAUCUCCCUGAUUAGUUAAUUACUCUUUUUGUAAGCAGAAGUAAAUUCUGGACCACUCUAGUUAUUAUUCAGUCAGUUCACAUCCUGACAAAAUGUCUCUUGAGCUGCCUCGUGCCCCCAUCCUUGCAGGGAGGGGAGAACAGCCCUGACCUCUGUGUGCCAUGGAAAUCUGUCAUCUGCUCAAUUUUCUUUCCUUUCCUCACGUUUUCAGUCCAGGCAUUCAUUAUCUCAAACUUCUAUCUGCCUUUUUUUUUUUUUUUUUUUUUUUUUAUAAUCUAUAACCCAAAAUGCCUCCUUUAUGUACAAAUAAAAUGAAUUAAACCUU